AUGUCAUGGCCGCCGCCAGCACUCCUAGUUUCGAGCUGCGCGUGUCAGUUUGAGCGAAGGCUGCUCCCGCAGCCGAGCAGCCGAGCAGCCGCCGCGUGUUCCAAUCGCCCCUGGGCCUAGUCCUGCGCCGCCGGGGGGCCGCUUGCGCCCUUUCCCCGGGAGGGCGCCAUGGGCACCGUGCACGCGCGGAGCUUGGAGCCCCUCCCAGUCAGUGGGCCUGAUUUUGGAGGUUUGGGAGAAGAAGCUGAAUUUGUGGAGGCCGAACCUGAAAUCAAGCAGGAAGUUCUGGAAAACAAAGAUGUGGUGGUCCAACAUGUCCAUUUUGAAGGCCUGGGAAGGACUAAAGAUGACAUCAUCAUGUAUGAAAUUGGAGACGUCUUUAAGGCCAAGAACCUCAUUGACGUGAUGAGGAAGUCUCAUGAAACCCGCGAGAAACUGCUCCGCCUUGGCAUCUUCAGGCAGGUGGACGUUCUCAUCGACACAUGCCAAGGAGAUGAUGCCCUCCCAAAUGGCUUAGACGUCACCUUUGAGGUCACCGAGCUGAGGCGGCUGACAGGUAGCUACAACACCAUGGUGGGCAACAAUGAAGGCAGCAUGGUCCUUGGUCUCAAGCUACCAAAUAUUUUUGGCCGUGCUGAGAAGGUGACUUUUCAGUUCUCCUAUGGAACAAAGGAAACUUCUUAUGGCCUGUCCUUCUUCAAACCACAGCCUGGAAAUUUUGACAGAAACUUCUCCGUGAACUUGUAUAAAGUCACCGGACAGUUCCCGUGGAGCUCCCUUCGGGAGACAGAUCGAGGUGUGUCAGCGGAGUACAGUUUCCCCAUAUGGAAGACGAGCCACACCGUGAAGUGGGAGGGCGUGUGGCGAGAGCUGGGCUGCCUUGCAAGGACGGCAUCGUUUGCGGUCCGCAAGGAGAGCGGACACUCUCUCAAGUCGUCUCUGUCGCAUGCCAUGGUCAUCGAUUCUCGGAACUCCUCCAUCCUGCCCAGGAAGGGCGCUCUGCUGAAAGUGAACCAGGAGCUUGCGGGCUACACUGGCGGAGACGUGAGCUUCCUCAAGGAGGACUUCGAGCUCCAGCUGAACAAACAGCUCUUCUUUGACACAGUCCUGUCCGGCUCUCUCUGGGGUGGGAUGUUGGUGCCAAUCGGAGAGAAGCCGUCCUGCAUCGCCGAUAGGUUCUAUCUCGGGGGGCCCACCAGUGUCCGUGGCUUCAGCAUGUACAGCAUUGGACCCCAAAGCGAAGGUGACUAUUUGGGGGGAGAAGCCUACUGGGCGGGCGGCUUACACCUCUACACGCCCCUGCCCUUCCGGCCCGGCCAGGGCGGCUUCGGGGAUCUCUUCCGGACUCAUUUCUUCCUCAACGCGGGAAACCUUUGCAACCUCAACUACGGGGAAGGCCCCAGAGCUCAUCUGCGCAAACUGGCGGAGUUCAUCCGCUGGUCGUACGGUGCCGGCAUCGUCCUCAGGCUCGGGAACAUCGCCCGGCUGGAGCUGAAUUACUGCAUCCCCAUGGGCGUGCAGGGGGGCGACAGGAUAUGUGAUGGUGUUCAGUUUGGAGCUGGGAUAAGAUUUCUGUAAUUUUGAAGAAAAGCCCAAUCCUGCUGCUACCCACAAAAGCUUUGGAAUAAAUCACUCGAUGCUAUCUACUUUUUUCUUACAGCCUCAAUCUUUAUGUGAUUAUUUAACUGCAAAUUUUACAGGAAACAGCACUAAUAAAUUUUAAACACAUCAUUCCUUCA